AUGGCAAAUGCAUCUCUGGCUGCAGUCCCGUACUGCAAACCUGCACUUUGUGUGCCGUGCUAUCUGGGUGCAAGCGUCGUGCCAUUGUCGUUUCCAUACACCGUCCGGGAGACAGUAACAGUCGAUGUCACUCCCUAUGCUUCAGUGCUGCCGAACGGGAGGACUUCGACAUGGUACUCAACAGCAACCGAAACCUUGCGAGUCUACAACCAGUCUGGAAGCGAUGCGAUUUUCACAGACGGCGUGGAGAGGACAUGGGUAGUGGAGGGCUCAGUGACGCUGACGUCUCCAACUACGUACGCUCAAUAUACAGACUUCUUUGGCGCUCCCGCGGUCCCCAUAGGUCCAUACGAGUGUGCUGAACUUUCUGACAUCUCUGCAUUGACGUUCCCGGCCGCUACGGAAGCCGCUUCACUCAUCACCGCCCUCCCUGCCAAAGCUUCUGCGCAUUGGGUUGGCGACGACGUUAGACCGAUACCUCAACAAGUAUUGCAAUACGUUGGAUCAUUGGAAGAUGUCCUCCAACAACUCGAUGGCGAGGCACCGUCGUCCUGUGACCCCUUCUCAGUCAUCGACGGCUUUCCAUCGCGGCCGUCCGUCACUACCGAUGCGCCAUGCAUUAUCACGACGACAACGUGCGUUACUCUGAAUGUCUCAACACUCUGCGAGACAGCUACUUCGACACAGUCUCCCGUCGAGGUAACUUCGUUGCCCGCGACCUCCCAACCCCCGGCCGCAAGCACGGUCUUUCAUACACCGGCAAGGGCGCUGAGCUUCUCCACGGGUCCGACCAUCUGGGCUGGCGAUGGCGCCAAAAAGACGAAAGGUACCAAAAACCCGGAACCCGAGGGUACAGCUCAGCAAAUCGACAAGCCGAGCAGUACUACGCGGCCUGGCCGCGAGCCAGAGACUAAGGAUCCGGACUUGCCGACUAGCAAGACGCCAAAAGAAACAACAGCAGACCAUACUGACGGGCCACAGUCACCUCAGUCCGAGGGUGUGACGGGACAACAGCCAGAGCGAACAACCAAUAGGCCACAUUCAUUCCUGUCCGAGGGUGUGAAGGGACAACAGCCAGAGCGAACAACCGAUGCGGCCGGUAAUCCGCUGCCUAGCCAGACGGGUGAGGAAUCAGCAUUGCUUGCUGGAAGCGCAGCACAGAGCGGCACGCCUACGACAAGAACCCGAGAUCCGGUCGGAGGCUACAUUGAAUCGGGGCUCCAUCAUGGCUCGCCAACGACGGCUUCCGAGAGCAGCAGCUCGGGCGUGGCGCCGGCGACAGGAGACAGUAGCCGUAUGAGCCAGGAGGGCUGGACUCUUGGCUUGGUUGUCGUACUGGGAUGCUUGCUGUGA